AUGUAUCUGCUGCGAGUUUUGAGUCGUUGUGCAUUGUUCGUUUUCCCGGCGCUGGCGGAGGUUAGCUCCUUCAACGACUGGCCACAUCUGCGGGUUGCUCUGCCCGACGUUAGCAUUCAUCUUCGUUACUAUGGAUCGGGCCCUCCGCUGAUGCUGGUGCAUGGCUUUCCGCAGCAUUCCCCUACUUGGAACAUUGUUGGUCCUAUCCUCGCCCAGAACUACACCGUUAUCGCCCCGGACUUGCGCGGCACGGGCGAUUCUUCCAUCCCAUUCAGCUACAACUUUACCGCCUCGGCCGCCGCUGAUGAUCUCGAGGCUGUUCUAGACUUCUUGAACAUCAAUCAGACGUAUGUCUUUGCGCACGAUAAAGGCACGGGUGUUGCCGCAGCCUUGGCAGCGAAGAUUCGGGGCCGUAUCAAGCGACUCGGCCUUUCAGAGUAUCUGCUCCCUGGACUGAGUUACGAGACGUUACAAGCCCCCACCCCGACGUGGAACCUGUACAGCAACUGGCAGCUAGCCUUCUUCAGCGUGCCUGACGCGGCGCAAUUCUUCAUCCAGGGGCGGGAGAAGCAGAUGCUGUCCUGGUACUUCUACCACGUGGGCUACUCUGGAACCUCCGCUAUCUCGGACGACCUACUCACGCUGUGCACGGAUUCAAUUGCAAAGCCCGGGUACUUGAGGUCGGGACUCGAGUACUUCUCGAACCUCACCGUUGCGCAGGACCCGGCCCUUUUCAGUAGCACGCUGAUACCGCAACCGUUUUCGGGGCCGACGCUUGUUUUGGGAGGAGAGGCAAGCUUGUCCAAUACGUCGCUGAUUGAGCAGCUUUUCUCGCCAGUCGCAAGCGAUUUGACCGCUGACAUAGUUCCGAAAGCCGGUCACUGGAUCGGUGGAAAAUUUGGCCGUGCCUGA